AUGUGUUUGUUUAGAUUUCUUGGUUCUGAUUUUAAAUUAUUGAACCUAUUAGUAAAUUACAACAAGUUUUAUUCCCCUUCACUUACUUACCCCUUAAAUUUCGCCAAGAUUGUAAAAUACAAUGGACUGGGCAAGAGGUUCACUUCUUCAUUGUCUGAGAAUUCAGAUUCCACAUCAGUUUCUGAUAUAUACUUUAAAACGCCUACUAGUGAAAGGGUUUUUUCUGAUAUUUUAACAAUGGAUUCAUUGUCGCCCAGAGAGUUUAGAAUAUUUUUAAAUGAUGUAGUCAAAUUAAAGGUUGAUGACGUUUUACUAUGGUCUAAAGCUGCGACUUACUGCAUAGAGAAUGCGUCCAAAUUUAAGUUUUUUGACGCUUUGUCAGUUUUAGAAUCGUUUACUCAAGCAAAAAUCUACGACAAGGCUCUUUUUACUGAAUUUUCUAGAUAUCUAACAAUUCAAUCUCCGAUGAUGGAACCACGCCACUUGAUUCAGUGCAUAAAUGUAUAUGCUUUUUCAGGGACUUUCCCACAGGCUUUAUUUCUGGAAGUUUUCUAUGGAAUAAUUAAACAGUCUGAGAAGAUGUAUGCAGCUGAAUUCGUGGACAUGUUCAAUUGCCUCUCUAAGUGGAACAUUAAAAAUAAACAGGUUUUAUCAGCUCUUUGCAAAACUCUGGCUAAGAAUGUUAGUAUUUUGAGAUAUGCUGAACUCACACAAGUGGCGGCAUGCUGCAGAAAUUUGGAAAUAGAAGAUGAGACUUUUCGUUUUAUUUUAGACUCUUGGCAAAAGAAAGAAUUGGCCAUGAUGACUAUCCAGGAAAUGCUGGACUGUUUGAAGAAACUCAAGAACAUUGAAGUUAAGUUGGAAAACUACGAGGAACUACUAUUUAAAGAGUUUGUAAAGCAAGUAAAUGAAUUGGAUGGUGAUGAUAUUGCUCAGUUGGCAGAUCCGUUUGAUUGCCUUGAGUUUUUGAAAUCAACAGGUGCUCUCUCAAAAGAAUUCUUAUUAUCACUAACAAAAUGGUGUGCUGACGCAGUGCAUAAUCCUCCAACAAGGUCACAAAAAAGACCCCUUAGUCAUCAAUUAGUCGAACUCUACAACUUGGUACAGGAGUAUGGAAUAGAAGAAAAGUAUAUUGACAAAGCAGUACUUAAAUUUGUAACAUCUAAAGGGGGGUUAAGAUUAAGGAACCCUAAACCCAUUCCAACAGUCUACAAACCUAACAGAAAAUAUGUAUUUACAGAUGAUCCUGAGAAUCCGAGACCUAUUCCUGAGAUUAAAUAUCUCGAGAAUGAUAUUCCACAAGAAUCUGAAAAGUCGAAACACAUUAAUAAAAUUGUGGAAGAAUUGGAACCAUACCCAAAAUUUUUCGAUAAAAUUAAUAUUAAGAAACCUUCCACACAGAGUUGUGGCAAGGCAUCAUUUAGAUUAAAACCCAAAACAUAUCGGCAUAAAAACAUUCCUGUAAAACAAUAA